AUGGCGACGGAUACGAAAACCGAUGAUCGUGAGGCCGGUCUCCCACCGACUCCUCUUAAUGCUUGUAUGCUGCAGGCGUUUGAGUGGUACGUCCCAGCGGACCAAAAGCACUGGAAACGACUAGCCAAAGUCGUUCCGGGACUUAGUUCAAUCGGAGUUUCAAACAUCUGGAUACCGCCAGCUUGUAAAGCAGCUUCUCCUCAAGGAAACGGCUACGAUAUCUACGAUAUCUACGACCUCGGAGAGUUCGACCAAAAGGGUACUACGGCAACCAAAUGGGGAUCAAAACCAGAUUUAAUCGCCCUUCGAGAUAUCGCGAAUGAACACUCCGUCGGUAUAUACUUCGAUGUAGUCCUAAACCACAAAGCAGGCGCAGAUCAUACGGAACGCUGUAAGGUCGUUGAAGUCGAUCCUAAUGAUCGGACGAGGCAUGUUAGCGAUCCGUAUGAAAUUGACGGGUGGUUUGGGUUCGAAUUCGAAGGUAGAGGGGGGCAGUAUAGUGAGAUGAAGUAUCAUUGGGAACAUUUUAGUGGGACGGAUUAUAACAAUGAGAACGGCAAGAAAGCCAUCUAUGCCGUCGAUGGAAAAACUUGGUCUUCAGCGGUUGAUACUAGCGAAAAGGGUAACUUCGACUACCUAAUGUUCGCCGACGUCGACUUCUCACACCCACAGGUACAAGAAGAUGUCAAAAACUGGGGCGUCUGGGUAUCCAAAGAGCUCAACCUAUCCGGCAUGCGUUUCGACGCCGCCCGUCAUUUCUCAGAAAGGUUUCUAAAAGAUUUCAUCCACCAUCUCGACGAGAAUGUUCCUCAAAACUGGUUUUUCGUGGGCGAGUGGUGGCAAGAUUCCGCUGAGAAUAUGCACAAAUAUCUUGAAUCGAUGGAUCAUAAGUUCUCGUUGUUUGAUGCACCGUUGUUUUAUAACUUUUGCGAGAUAAGUACGAAUGAGAGGGCAGAUUUGAGAAAGAUGUUCGAUGGUGCUUUGGUACAGACUAUGCCGGUUAAUGCGGUAACUGUGGUUGGGAAUCAUGAUACACAGGUUGGACAGGCGAGUUUUGUGAAAAUGGAAGGGUGGAUGAAGGCCUUGGCCUAUGCGGUCAUACUUCUGAGGAUUGAUGGGUAUCCUUGUGUUUUCUAUGGAGACAUAUUCGGCAUCAAAAACCCCGAUAAUGAGGAAGGACCAGCAUCAGACGGCAAGAUUCCAGUCAUGAUGGCAGCAAGAAAGUUCUACUCAUACGGAACACAGGAUGAUUACUGGGAUGAACCCAACUGUGUUGGAUGGGUUAGAAAGGGCACACAUGAUAAGUCCUACGGACUCGCCGCCGUACUUUCUAACGCCGAACCGGGUACCAAACGAAUGAACGUCGGUCCGGAACAUAAAGGAGAAGUUUGGACGGAUGUUUUGGGAUGGGAGCAAAGUGAAGUUGUGAUAGAUGAUGAGGGUUGGGGGUCGUUUACUUGUCCUGGUACUAGCUGUGCUAUCUGGGUGAACAAGGACGCGCCUGGAAGAGAUCAGCUUAAUAAUUUUGACGCGAACAUUUACGAGGAGUAA